GGCGCCGCAGGGCGCCGCCGCCAUGGGCGCGCAGCCGAUGCGCCGCGGCAGCGGCAGCGCCUCGUCGCGCUCGGGGCCCGAGUAUCUCGAGGCCAACCCGCUGCUGCACCUCGUCUACACCAGCAGCUCGCCGGACCGCUACAUGACGCGUGCCAGCAUCGAGCAGAUCCUCGCCACGAGCCGCCGCAACAACUCGCGCGUCGGCGUCACAGGUCUCCUGCUCUACCACGACGGCUCCUUCGUGCAGUUCCUCGAGGGCCCACCGGCCGAGGUCGAGGCCGUGUACCAGCGCAUCUGCCGCGACGAGCGGCACCGCGGCCUGAUUGAGAUCAUGCGUACGCGCGCCUCGCAGCGCAGCUUCCGCGAGUGGAGCAUGGCGUACCGCGACCUCUCCGACCCGCCGCUCUCUGCCGACGAGGACCGUCGCAAGGGCCGUGCGGCCAAGGAGGGCCUCAACUGCCUCCUGAGCGACGACUACAAGAGUCCUCUCACGCCCGACGCCUCGCCUCAGAUUCGCAGCCUCGUCCGGACGUUCCACCGCCUCCUCACGACGUAAGGCGCCGCUGCCGAAUGCGCGCGCGCACUCGGACCGCAUCUCUCUUCCUCUUCUGGGCCAUCUGCCCGCACAUAGUCUCCGCGACCAGCUCUGUGUAUACACGAGAACGCUCUGGUCCUCCCGUCCCGUCUUCCUGCCGGAUCUGCCUCCGACAACCCCACUCAAUAAUCGGCUCGACGUCGCUAUACGCGCCUUGCCUCCCGCCAAGAUCACACACGCUUGCCUUCUCGCAACUCCCGCUGCCUCUUCCGCCUUGCUCCUUUCCUCCUCCUGUCUCCAACUUGCACCGGGCGCCACAUACUGGCCCGUCCAUCCCCUUACCCGCGGCCUGCAUGCAUGUGCUCGCCCGUACCGCCUCGGCCACGCAUCCCCAAC